CACGGGCACCUACCAAGGAUGCUGGAGCAAGAUGGAUUCAGAAAGGCAGUCGCUUGCUUAAAUCCUAUGGUCAAUAUGCCAUCCCACUAUGACUUUACAGGAAACAUCUGUGACUUGUUUCAGCAAGAAAAUUCCAAGCUAAAGGACAGGUUAGCUGCUUUACAUACUCGGGUUUGCUUGAGUGCUUAUAUGUGGAAUUAUGAUCCACACUUGGCCUUCUUGUGCUUGAGUGUUCACUACAUUGAUGAUGAAUGGGAGAAACAGCAAAAGAUCAUCACAUUCUCUCCCAUGGACCCCUCUUGUGAUGCAUAAGAAUCUAGUAAUGUCAUAUUGGGGGCUAUUAGAGAAUGGGGCCUUCAUGACAAGGUUUUCAGCAUUACAGUGGAUGAUGCUUUCAUUGAUGAUUCAGUAACUUCAAAUGUCGAAGCCAGUCUACAGAAAUGGAACAAAGCUGGUGCAAAUCUGAACUUGUUUGUAGUACGUACUGCAACUCAUUUACUUGAUCAGGUUAUCCAGGUGGGACUGGAUGAACUUGACAGAAUCAUGGAGAAAUCAGCAAAGUGCACCAAGUAUGCAAAGGGUUCCAACCGUGUAGCAGUACGGUAUCCCAACAGCAGAUAUGCCCCAUCACCAAAAGACUGGAGAACGGCAAAUAAGAUUUGUGAGAUUUUGAAAGAUUUUCAUGAAGACAUUGACUUGAUGCCAAACCUUCCUAGUCCAGCAGAUCUCUUUGGCACGCUGAAAAAGGUUUAUCGCAAGGCUGAUUUCGAGAGCCGAUAUGAGAGUGAUGAAUAUUUUUCCAAAGUGCUGGAGAAGAUUAAACAAAAGUUUAAGGAACACUGGAAAGUCUGUUUCUUGCAUUUCUAUAUGCCUAUGGUCAUGGAUCCUAAAUACAGUAUGAAAUGCAUCAAGCACUUCAUUCAAGGCAACGAAAGGGAUGACUAUAUGCAUGAAGUGUGUAAUACAUUUGUCAAUCUCUUCAAUGAAUAUUUAGAUCAGGUGGAUGAUCCUAACUGCACUUCCGGGUCAGAAACUAGCAAGGGGACUUUUGAGAAUGCAGAUACGUUGUUGAGGUAUUAUCAGGACUCUAAGCAUCAAUCUUGUGAGCGACCAAUGACUGAACUUGGCCAGUACCUGCAAGAAACCGGUCCUGCUUCAGGCAAUCCCAGUGUUCUCCAGUGGUGGAAGGAACAUAGCCUAACCUAUCCGACGAUUGCUCAGAUGGCACGCGAUAUUCUGACACUACCAUGCAAUACUGCGUGCAAGGUAGCAACAAGAACUGCAGGACUAGCAAUGUGUGAGUCAGCUGACAAGAGCCAUAUUGAAAUGCUCGUAUGUACUCAAGAUUGGCUUGCACCAGCCGCCAUGAGAAGUGUGGUUCCGACCGAUGAUAUUUAGAAAGAAUAUGUCAUCCUUCCUAUUGUUCAGUGGAAGCUAGCAAGCUGCUGUCCUCAUUUACCGGUUAUAAUCGCUGAAUCGGUGCUACUAGCAGUGGCUCAUUUUGUUGCCUCUUUGAUACAGGAUUCAACUAGGAGAAAUCACAUGGCGCUGUGUCAAACUUGAAGCAAUCUUUUGUGUUAUGUUUAAUUACUGAUGGAGCUGUGUUGUAGUUUCUGUACGUAUCGGUAGUGUGGAGCCUGUCAGUAGUUCUUGCUUCUGGUUUCAGAUACUUUCUCGAAAAAAAAUUCAGAUACUGUUAUCUUAAGACAUGCUAUCUGAUGAUCCUUGAUCAUACUCAUGUUCAGAUAUUCACUUACUCCAUUUAUGCUUUC